AUGGAGAUUGAUCUAUCACCAAAAUUGUGCAAGAAGGUGUAUGGAGGAGAUGGUGGGUCUUAUUUUGCUUGGAGCCCAGCUGAGCUUCCAAUGCUACAAGAAGGGAACAUAGGUGCAGCCAAGCUUGCCCUUGAAAAGUGUGGCUUAGCUCUUCCUCGUUACUCUGAUUCUGCUAAGGUUGCUUAUGUUCUUCAAGGAAAUGGUGUAGCUGGUAUUGUUCUUCCUGAGAAAGAAGAGAAAGUUGUUGCCCUUAAGAAGGGUGAUGCUAUUGCUCUUCCUUUUGGCGUGGUUACUUGGUGGUAUAACAAAGAGGACACUGACCUUGUAGUUCUCUUCAUGGGUGACACCUCUAAAGCCCACAAAACCGGUGAAUUCACUGAUUUCUUUUUGACUGGCUCCAAUGGAAUUUUCACCGGCUUCUCUACCGAGUUCGUGAGCCGAGCAUGGGAUGUGGAUGAAAAGACUGCCAAGUCCCUUGUCGAGAACCAGUCGGCUAAAGGCAUCGUCAAGCUUGAUGGAUCCUUUAAGAUGCCUGAACCCAAAAAGGAACACCGUGAGGGCUUUGUCUACAACUGCGAGGAAGCUCCACUGGAUGUUGAUAUUAAAGACGGUGGGAAGGUGGUUGUUUUAAAUACCAAGAACCUUCCUUUGGUUGCAGAGGUUGGGCUUGGUGCUGAUCUUGUUAGACUGGAUGGAAAAGCAAUGUGCUCUCCUGGUUUUUCUUGUGACUCUGCACUGCAGGUGACAUUCAUUGUCAGUGGUAGUGGCCGGGUUCAGGUUGUUGGUGUUGAUGGCAAAAGGGUCCUGGAAACUACUGUCAAGGCAGGUCAUUUGUUCAUUGUUCCUAGGUUCUUUGUUGUUUCAAAGAUCUGUGAUCCUGAUGGGAUGUCAUGGUUCUCCAUCAUCACCACCCCCAAUCCUAUUUUUACUCAUUUGGCUGGAAAGACAUCUGUGUGGAAGGCUUUAUCUCCUCAAGUGCUAGAGGCAUCUUUCAAAGUAUCUCCUGAUGUUGAGCAGCAUUUCCGCUCCAAGAGAAUGAAUGAGGAGAUUUUCUUUCCACCUCCAAAUUGA